GCUUCACACUGAUUUUGCUACUUUACUUAUGCGUUUAAGUGGAGACGCGUGGUGAUAGAGAAAUAGCCACUCUACUUAAGCGUUUAAGUGAAGACGCGUGGUGAUAGGGAAAUAGCUACUUUACUUAUGCGUCUAAGUGAAGGCGCGUGGUGAUAGAGAAAUUGGACGAUGUUAAGGCGCGCUACAUUAUUGUAGACUCGUGAUGAUAAGUAAAAAUGGCUCGAUUUUACGAUGGGAAACUGGUGACCUCUUGGUGACAUCUCUUGGAGGUGGAAUUUAGGCCUCUUCCCUACAAGCUUAUAUAAGAGAUGCUCUGCAUAUGAACUUAUCUUUCACAAGUUCUCCUCUGUUCGAGUAAGUUGAGCAGUAGUGAUUUUUUCAUUCAAACUCUUCUACUUCACCAUUUUCAGCGAAAAACAAAUAUUCCGGAUUUGGCAAGUGACAGAUCUGAGAUCCACUUUUUCACGUGGCGUCCAUUGUCAGCGAUCGUCUCUUCAAGAAGAAAUAUAAUCAUACAUAAAACAUAUACGAAUCUUACCAGAAAGAGUUUUGAAACCAUGAGAAAAGUGAACCACCAUCUUUAUCAUUCCAACAGAAGUGAGUCACAUCAUCAUCAAUCAUUUGAAAAUGGAGCUUAAUUCUUUAUUAGAUAUUUUUGAAUCUAUAAUUUUGGUAAAAACACCCGUGUGCAGUGUAGAUAGUGUUAGAUCAUAUCUGAAAAGACUUGUUAGCAAAUCAGAGUCAGCAAAGUCUAUUGAGAAAAUCAAAAACAUAGUCAGGAAACUCAAUUCUCUGUUCUCUAAUGCUAUUAAGAAAGAAGAGUAGUCUUUCUCCAGCCAAUACAAAUUUAUAAACUUCUGUUUCAAUGAAAUAUCUAUCUCAGACAUGACCAGUUUUCUUACUGAUGGACUGGGCCCCAAAAAGUUUGAUGAAUUCAACAAGAAGAUUUACAUCAAAUCGGAUUGCGACAAAAUCAUCAGUCUACUUGAAGAAGUUGAUUUCGAUGAGGUUGAUCGCACAUCCACCUGUUCUUACAAUAAUGCAAUCUGUUUUAAUGAGGAGGUUUUUCAAGAUGAAGACUCGGUAAUGAGCGAAAUAUUUGAGAAACCUGCUUCAAUAAUAAUUGUAGAUGAUGAUAAUGCUAAUUUUGAAGACCAGUUUUUUGAGAGAAUCGAUGAUUCAAAAUCAAGUGAUAUUUCCCCCAUUCUUGAAACAUACCAGAGACGGGACCAGGAAAAACUUCCAGUAAUGACAUCUAAAGUACCCACUUCUUCACAGAACUCUGGUUUGAUGGUAAAAAUAGAAGUCACUGAUUUGAGAGACAUUAGAAACGUGAAGGAUGGUGAUAGAUGGAGGAAGGAUGGAAAAAGGAAUUUUCAUCUCGAAAAAUAAGGAAGACUUGAAAUUUAAGAAAGUGAACGAGUGUCUGAAACUCGCCAUUGCUGAUUUAGCUAAGAAAUCUAAUGUAACAAAGACCACUAGGAAGAAUAAUCUAAUGAAUUGAUACUGAUUCGCUAGAAUAACCUCUAAUAUCAUAAAUAUUAUCAAAUAAAGUUUGGCUUUCUCUCAUCUCAACUCUCUGUUUUCAGAUUGUUUGCAAUUUGAGGAUAAAUAAUGAGUAGGCCUAUUAAUCAAGCUUAACAAUGAUUAGAGGUGCCAGAUCGAAAUCAAGUAGACUUCAAAUUCCCUCCACUAACAGUUUUGUAGAGUUAGAAUCGGCCUUCUCAAAUGCUUUCAAAACUUAUUAUUGCAGAAACAGUCAAUUUAAAGAUGUAUGUACUUUGUUGAAAUCAUUGAAAAAUCAGUGUGUAAAUUUCUUAAAAUCCCAAUUGGAUGAGGUGGGCUCUCUAAAGUUCAACAUUCUGGUCGAAUGCACCUAUAGAAAACAGUCGCAAUCAUUGGAUGAGAUUUCAUUUCAAAACAGAUAUUUUAAAACUAGGAAUACUCCUCUUUUCCAUGGUUCAUCUAUAAGCGAUAUUUAUAAUGAUUGCAUUUCAUCUAUUUGUAAUGAGGAAGCUAAUUAUCAAGGUUUUGAAUCGGGAUGGACAUUAAGUAGAAUUGAUGGGGUCCUUCUCCGAACAAAUAAGUACAAACCAUUGAGAGGCAGAUCCUAUAUUGAUCUGCCCAAAAGGAUUGCUAGCAAAAAAUCAGUAAUCAACUGUAGAAACACACAAGAUAAUCAUUGCUUUCAGUGGGCUAUUUUGAGAAAAUAUGUAAGAAUCAAACCAGAGCGUAUUUCUUAUCACCAUCUGAAUCUAAAAUCAAAGUUCAAUUUCAGCAAAAUCUCAUUCCCAACACCUUUGAAAGAUGUUGAAAAGCACAAUCCAUCCGUCUCAAUAAAUGUUUAUGGAUUAGACUCCUCUCAAAAUAUUUAUCCUCUGAGACUUAGCGAAUUUGUUAAGAGAAAUCACUUUCAUAUGCUGCUUUUACAGAAAAACACCAACACACAUUGGUGCUACAUGAAAAACUUGAGUAAACUAGUUGUGGGUCAAAUUAGUAAUCACAAGGGAAAAGUUUAUAUUUGUAAACGGUGUCUCACUCAUUUUACUAGAAAAACAACAUUUGAAUCACAUGAAAGGCUUUGUGAAAAAAAUGGUUUGUUCAGAGCAAUCAUGCCCAAAUCAAAUCCAACUGGGGAACCCCCCAUUAUGUGUUUCAAAAAUUAUCAGAAUCAAUAUUCGGUACCGAUUGUAAUAUAUGCGGAUUUUGAAAGCAUUCUAAAACUCUACCAUUCUAGCCUGCCCUCACUUUCCGCUAGUUUCACGGAGAAAACCCACAAACACGGACCGUUCAGUUACUGUUGCUACACAGUCAUGGAUGGAAGUCUCCCAGAUCAAAUAAGAAAUACCAUCACAGAAAACCCAUUUCUCUACAGAGGUAGUAAUGCCCCUAAUCAUUUCAUCAAGUACUUGAUUGAUUUAGCCAAUAAUAUAGGUGAAAUGAUGGAAACAAGUAUACCAAUUAUCUUCACAAAAGAGGAUGAGGAACAUUUUAACUCUCAGUCAUGUUGUGAAAUGUGUAAGCAUGAGUUUACAAUGAUUGUGACACCUGUCAAGGACCAUGAUCAUUUGACCGGGAGAUAUAGAUCCAAACUUUGCUCCCCCUGCAACCUGAAAAGAUUGAGACAAAGAUAUAUUACAGUAAUACUCCAUAAUCUUUCACAAUAAUGAUGCUCACUUCAUCGUACUGCGUUUGGAUUGUGAUCAGGAAAAAAUCGAUAUUAUCCCCAAUACAAGUGAGAAGUACAUCACAUUUUCAAAACACACUAAAAACGGUUUGACACUAAGAUUUAUUGAUUCAAUGAGAUUCAUGAAUACUUCUCUCUCCAAUUUAGCAAACGAUUUGAAUAGAGAUGAUUUUGUUCAUGUAAAGAAGUUUUUUCCAGAGUCCAAACUUUAUCUUGUUUGUGAGAAAGCCAAUUUUCCCUAUGAAUAUGUUGAUUGUUAUGAGAAAUUAGAUGAGGAAACUCUGCCAUCAAUUGAAAACUUCUAUAGCAGUCUAAUGGAUGACGGGAUUGAUGAGGAGGAAUAUAUCCAUGCUCAAAACAUGUGGGACUCAUUCGAAAUUCAAAACUUGGGUGAAUAUUCGGACCUAUAUCCCAGAUUAGAUGUUCUCAUCUUGUCGGACAUUUUUGAAACAUUCAGAAAAAGCUGUAUGAAAACAUAUGGUCUAGACUGUUGUCAUUAUAUCACGAUUGCCUCUUACACAUUCGAUGCAAUGUUAUUUUAUACCAGGGUUGAAUUAGAAUUGAUUUCUGAUUAUGAUAUGUUCAUUUUCAUUGACCAAUCAAUACGCGGUGGAAUUACAACAUCCGUUCAUCGCCAUUCAAUUGCCAAUAAUCAAUACAUUCCCGAAACAUUUGAUCCAGAAAAAGAGAGAACAUUCUUAAAUCUGAUCGAUUGUAAUAAUUUGUAUGGUUUUGAUUUAGCUCACUUUCUUCCAAUUUCCGAUUUUGCAUGGUUAAGUCAGCAGGACAUUGCACCAUUGGACAUAAUGAAAAUUCCGAAUGAAUCAAGUGAGGGUUACAUUCUAGAGGUUGACAUUGACUACCCUAAAAACUAAAAAACUUCAUGAUAAACAUAGUGAUUCACCUUUUUUUCCCGAGAAAAAAUGCCCCCCUAACAACAAAAAUGAGAAAUUAAUGCUUACAUUGGAGCCAAAAAAGGAUUAUGUAUGUCAUUAUUUAAAUUUAAAACAAGCUGUAC